AUGUUGCGGGCUGCGCUCAGGGUAACGGUAAACCAGAAGGCCAUGGCGUCAACGACGGCUCCUCUGAUUAAGAAGAUUAACCGUGUUCUCAUUGCGAAUCGUGGUGAGAUCGCUAUCCGAGUAAUGAACACUGCCAAGAAGAUGGGUAUUGAAUCGGUGGCUGUUUUCUCGGAUGUAGACAGGAACGCUCUAUUUGUGAAGAAGGCCGAUCAGGCAUAUCACAUUGGACCUGCUGCAGCUGCUCAAAGUUACCUGAAUGUGGACAAGAUCAUCGAUACUGCUCUUAAGGCCGGUGCUCAGGGUGUUCAUCCGGGGUACGGGUUCUUAUCAGAGAACGCGAAAUUUGCAGAACGGUGCGCUGAGGCUGGCUUGGUGUUCAUAGGACCGCCAGUACAGGCAAUAAGAGAUAUGGGCACAAAAAGUCUUGCAAAGCAGAUUAUGCAAGAUGCUAAAGUGCCUGUUGUGGAGGGUUUCCAUGGUGCAGACCAAUCAGACGGUAAUCUCAAAAUUCAUGCGGAGAGAAUUGGGUAUCCUGUCAUGCUCAAAGCUGUCUAUGGUGGAGGCGGCAAAGGUGAUUCUAAAAACUUUUCCGUAGUAGGAAACUUCUCACCAAUACUUUGGCGAGGUAUGAGAAUAGCCUGGUCAGAGGCAGAGUUCGAUGAAAAACUUGCGUCUGCAAGAAAUGAGGCCAUGAAAUCCUUUGGCAACGACGAAAUGCUCGUAGAGAAAUUCGUUGAAAGGCCGCGCCAUGUAGAAGUCCAGGUGUUUGGAGACCACCACAAAAACUAUGUCUACUUAUGGGAGCGUGAUUGUUCAGUGCAAAGAAGACAUCAAAAAAUAAUCGAAGAGGCUCCUGCUCCACUGAUCAAUCACGAAACAAGACUUCGGCUAGGAGAAUCUGCUGUGCGAGCAGCUGCAGCUGUUGGAUAUGUGGGAGCGGGAACUGUGGAGUUCAUCCUUGAUCCAAAAGGGAAUUUCUAUUUCAUGGAAAUGAACACGCGUCUUCAAGUGGAACACCCAGUUACUGAAGCUAUCACCGGCACGGAUCUUGUUGAAUGGCAGCUGAAGGUGGCCCAAGGCGAAAAACUACCUCUGAAACAGGACCAGAUCCCACUGAAAGGUCACGCUUUUGAAUGCCGUGUAUAUGCGGAAGAGACGAAAGGAGGCAGCUUUAUGCCAACUGCUGGUAAGCUAGAUUAUGUGUCGUUCCCAAGCGACGCUCGUGUCGACACUGGUGUCGUCUCUGGUGACGAAGUCUCUGUUCAUUACGACCCUAUGAUAGCCAAGGUGGUUGUAUGGGGAGAAGAUCGAGCAGCUGCUGCAGCCAAGUUGGACAGCGCUCUGUCUCAAACACGAAUCAGCGGAUUGCCCACAAACAUUCAGUUCGUCCAAACUGUGUUGAGACAUCCCGAGUUCGUAAAGGGUAAUGUCUACACAGAUUUUAUCCCAGACCAUCAAGAAGAACUAUUCUCAGAAGUGAAGCAGUCCAACACCAAUAUCGUUGAAGGUGCAGUUGGUCUAGCACUACUAAGUCUACCGCUCAAUCCACGCGGUCCAUUUGAGAGAAUUUCCUUUUACCGUGUGAAUCAUCCAGCUGAACAGAUGUAUAAAUUAGGCGACAAAGAAGUUACGGUGGCUUUUCUGAGCGAAUCCGAGCUGGUAGUCCGUUUUGAUGACCAGAAGAAGCAUGUGAGUCUCAACAAUGUCGUGAAGAAUGAAGAUAUAGCGCAAUAUACGCUCGAAAUGGACGGAUGUCGGUGGAAGGCUGAAGCUGUGCGGCUUCCAAAAUCUGCCUUGGUGUGUGGUUCUGGACAAGCAGAGUAUGAGAUGACAUUGACAAACUUUAACGAGGAUAGUAGUGCGGUAGGUGCUGGAGAUAUCCAGACGUCUCAUGCACCGAUGCCUGGAGUAAUAGAGAAAGUUCUCGUGAAGGAGGGAGAUGAGGUGCAACACGGUCAGCCGCUAGUGGUGAUGACUGCAAUGAAAAUGGAAUACAUAAUAAGGGCUCCUGCUCAUUGUAAAGUUGCUGCCGUCUCCUGUGAACCUGGUAAAAAUGUGCCUAAAGGAAAAGUACUUGUGAAGUUUGCGUCGUUGGAAGAAGAUGAAGCUCAAAAGGUUGCCCAGCGUGCUUAG